UGCAUUCCAUUUUCCACAAUUAUCAGUAUUAUUAUCAUUCAUCAUCGGAGUAACUACUUAAUUUCUCUCAUGCGACAAUGGAGCACCAACAAGGAGAAGAAGUCGGGAUCAAAAUACAGAACGACCAACCCUUUCCAGCGGCGGAGGCGCCGACGGGAGGCCGGAAGAAGCGGGCGGUUGCGGCGGGGGUACAGAAAACACUCUCGAAGACAUCGCUGCUGGUGAACUUCCUGCCGACGGGGACGCUGCUGACGUUCGAGAUGGUCCUCCCCAGCGUGUACGGCAAGGGGCAGUGCUCCUCCGUGAGCACCACCAUGAUCCUCUCCCUCCUCUCCAUCUGCGCCCUCUCCUGCUUCCUCUUCCACUUCACCGACAGCUUCCGCGGCGGCCCCGAUGGCCGCAAAGUCUACUACGGCCUCGUCACGCCGCGGGGGCUGGCGGUGUUCAAGAGCGACCCGGGGGUGGAAGUCCCCAAGGACGACCGCUACAAGGUCGGGGUCUCCGACUUGGUGCACGCCGUGAUGUCCGUGGUGGUCUUCGCGGCGAUCGCGUUCUCCGACCACCGCGUGACGGACUGCCUGUUCCCCGGCCAUGGGAAAGAGAUGGACGAAGUGAUGCAGAGCUUCCCGUUGAUGGUGGGGAUUAUUUGCAGUGGACUCUUUCUCGUCUUCCCCAACACUAGAUAUGGUGUUGGUUGCUUGUCCGCCUAAUCAUAUGAUGCAAUAAUAAUAAUAUGCCUAGUUGUUUCUAGUGUUUCUGGUACGCGUAAAACUGUUUCUAAUUGUAUUUUGUGGCUUCAUCUGUAUAUAUAACAAUGUAUUAAUGUGACGAUUCAUUAUUAGAUAUCAAGUCAUUCACCAUUAUUUCUCCGAGUGUGGAAAAUUA